AUGGCAGGUUUGCAAAGUCAAGUCUGAAAAAUCGUUAGAUCUUUGUGCACAUUCUAUGUUUUGUGCCUCCUCAAACACAGCGAGCGUUCUUGGACUCUUGCUGCGCAUGUGCGUGAGAGGAACAUGCUCUUUCCCAGACAGAUUUUUAUGCUUUUUCUAGUUGUAUUGUUCAAUUCUGCAGAGCAGAAUGUUCCUGACAAAAAUUCUGGCUGUGUGAACGGUCACCCUGGGAUCCCUGGAGAUCCAGGACACAAUGGAAUGCCGGGUCGGGAUGGCAGAGAUGGGGCCAAAGGUGAUAAAGGAGAUAGAGGUGAUAUAGGAACAUGUGGAGAAGCUGGAAAAGUCGGACCAAAAGGAGAUAAAGGAGAACAUGGUGUUCCUGGCAUAGCUGGAGUGAAGGGGAAGCGAGGAGACAAUGGAGAAAGGGGCCCACCUGGCAAAAUGGGGCCUCAAGGCUUCUCAGGGCCACUGGGCUUGAAAGGCCAGAAGGGAGAACUUGGUUUAACAGGACCACAGGGCAUCAAAGGGGACGUGGGUCCUAUAGGCCCUGAAGGACCACAAGGAGACAUUGGCUCUAGGGGAGACAAGGGCAUACAGGGUCCUUUGGGGCCCCCAGGGCGACCAGGACCAAAAGGUGAGAUCGGCCAACCAGGUAUCAAAGGCAGCAUUGGUGUUCGUGGUGAGAAAGGGUCAAAAGGGGAUAUCGGGGAGCAAGGUCCAAAGGGGGACAUGCCUGAGAUACCAAAAAGUGCUUUCUCAGCUAGACUGAGCGAAAGCAACAAGUUACCUCCUAAUAAUGCUCCAAUUCGCUUUGAUAAAAUCCUCUAUAACCGUCAGGGUCACUACAACCCUGAGACCGGCCGCUUUACUUGUGCCAUCAGCGGAGCAUAUUUUUUCUCCUACCAUAUCACUGUCUUCUCUCGCAAUGUCAAAGUGGCCCUGGUGAAGAAUGGUCAGAAAGUGAUCUACACUAUGGACAGCUACCAAACAGGUGAAGACCAGGCUUCCGGAGGGGCAGUCCUAGAACUGGAGGUCGGAGAUAAAGUGUGGUUGCAAGUGGCUGAUAAACAGCUAUUUAAUGGGUUAUAUGCAGAUGAAGACGACGACACUGUUUUUUCUGGAUUUCUUCUUUUUGCAACCUAAAGAUGCUGCCCCGAAGAGGAAUACAGUGGUGCAAAAGCAUGCUUCAAAAGAAAAUAUUUAAAAUCCACUAAAUGGUGUUAUAAUUUUCAAUAUAAUUGUAAAUCAUCCUCUGUGCUUCUUAGAUCCAAGAUGAACAAAAGCUUAAAAUCGGCAUGAAAUGGAAUUUGUGAUUGUCAUUUUUCCCUAUUGUGACGUUUAUUUGAUUUAAACGUCUUCUCUGACAAGAAAAACAAUGAAAGACAGGACUUGAUUUUCUCAAUUGGGAACUGAUUGGGUUGGUUGCUCUCAUGUGAGUGGAAGGUUGCUGGAGAAGAGGGAUUUUUGUCCCAUGCACCCUCACGCUGACACACCAUCAGAGAAGAGAUUGGGGAGUGAACUUAAUAUUUAGGAUGAAUUAUUUGGAAUCUAAAAAAAUGAUUAUGGAUAUUUUAUAAUAAGUCACAUUCAAGUCAAAUCACAUUUAUGUAUAGUGCUUUACACAAUACAGAUUGUUUCAAAGCAGCUUGACAUUAACUAGCAGGAUAAUUAGUGCUGUAAAAUUAAUCUGUUAUGAAAUUAAUUCAAUUUCAGCUGUAAAGCAUUGUCAUUAUUCAGCUCAAUUUAAUUGUUUCAAUUUGGUUUAAUAAAUGUCAGUGUUGCACCGGUCAUAAAUUAUAAAUGUAGGCCUACUGUAUAAAUGUACUGUAGGCUAAAUGUAAAUUGUGACAUGAGUUCAAUUCCAAUAAGCAGCCCUACAGCAGAUAAUAGUGUAUUAUUUAGCUUAAUUCAGAACAUUGUUGUUUCAAUAAAGUUCAAAACCUGUGUCAA